AUGGCUCAAAAACCCCCUUCUUCCCAUUCUGCGCGCGACCGUCUCUCUUCCCUCACCACGCACAUCAUGGGCUCCUCCAACCCCUCCGUUUUCACCGCGGCCACCGUCGCCGCGGCCCCCGAAGAUCCUCUCUUUGGCCUCAUGAAGGCCUAUCGCGAAGAUCCCUCCGAUAAGAAGGUUGAUUUGGGUAUUGGUGCCUACCGCGACAACAAUGCGAAGCCGUGGAUUCUACCUGUUGUCAAGAAGGCCGAUGACGCUAUUCACAACGACCCCUCCCUCAACCACGAAUACCUCUCCAUCGGCGGUCUGGCCGAUUUCACCUCCGCCGCGCAGAAGCUCAUCGUCGGCGCGGACAGCGCAGCCAUCCGAGAGAAACGGAUCUGCUCGCUGCAAACCAUCUCGGGAACCGGCGCCGUCCACCUGGGUGGCCUCUUCCUCUCGAAAUUCCACCCCCAAAAGCCCGCCAUCUACCUCUCGAACCCAACCUGGGCCAAUCACAACCAGAUCUUCACCAACGUCGGCCUCCAGCUCGCCACCUACCCCUACUUCCACAAGGACACCAAGGGCCUCGACUUCGAUGGCAUGCUGCAAGCGCUGCGGGCGGCGCCGGCAGGCUCCAUCAUCCUGCUGCACGCCUGCGCCCACAACCCGACCGGCGUGGACCCCUCGCAAGAUCAAUGGCGCGCCAUCGCGUCCGUGAUGCGCGAGCGCCAGCACUUCCCCUUCUUCGACACCGCCUACCAGGGCUUUGCGUCCGGCGACCUGGUCCGCGACAGCUGGGCCAUCCGCUACUUCGUCGAGCAGGGCUUCGAGCUGUGCGUCGCCCAGUCCUUCGCCAAGAACUUCGGGCUGUAUGGUGAGCGGACAGGCGCUUUCCACUUUGUCUCGGCGCCUGGCGCGGAUGCCGCCACCGCCAACGCCCAUAUCGCUAGCCAGCUGGCGAUCCUGCAGCGUUCGGAGAUCUCCAAUCCGCCCGCGUACGGCGCCCGCAUCGCCAGCCGCGUUCUGAAUGAUCCCGCCCUCUUCGCGCAGUGGGAGGAGGAUCUGCGGACCAUGAGCGGUCGUAUCCAGGAGAUGCGUCGUGGGUUGCGCGAGCGUCUCGAGAAGCGCGGGACCCCCGGCAAGUGGGAUCAUAUCACUACUCAGAUUGGCAUGUUCAGUUUCACUGGGCUGUCUGAGGCCCAGGUGAAGAUUCUCCGUGACAAGUGGCACGUCUACAUGACCAAGAACGGCCGUAUCUCGAUGGCCGGCCUAAAUACAAAUAACCUGGACUACUUCGCCGAGGCUGUCGACAGCGUCGUGCGCGAGACCUCCUAG